CUUUCAUCCUUUCAUUCCCUCUCUCAGACUGAGCCAGGUGAUCAGGUCAGAGGAGUGGGGAUGACCGAGACUGUUUCCUGGGACAGAUUUCAGCCACAGAUAGCCACAGUAACCAGCUGACGAGGUGACGUCCCAGACUCCUUCAAGAGAAGCGUGUGUGUGGUGUGAGGAGGAGACAGUGGACAGACUGAGACCUGGGGCUGCAUUGAGAGCCAGCGGGAGACUUUUCAAUCUCAUGCAGACGGAGAAAACAGCAAACAGAGCCCUCUCCCUCUCACAGAAUGAGCCUCCAGCAGCCUCCAAGCAACCCUGCUUCCAGCCCCGUCUGCACCCACAGCAACACAGAGUACACCUGGCAGGUGAAAGCCAACGACAGGGAUUUUAACAACCAGUUCACGAAGAAAGGAUUCCUGUGUUUCAAACGAAGAAAAUACGCGGAUAAUGUAAUCAGGACCAGGAAAUACAAUGUACUCACAUUUCUGCCAUUUAACCUGUACGAACAGUUUCAAAGAGUGGCCAAUGUCUACUUCUUGCUGAUGGUGAUCCUGCAGGGCGUGCCCGCCAUCUCCACCCUACCCUGGCACACCACCAUGAUACCGCUAAUAAUGGUGCUGGCCACUCGCGGCGUCAAAGACAUUAUGGACGACAUGGCACGCUAUAGAAGUGACAACGAAAUCAACAACCGCCCUUGUGACAUCCUCCACAGUGGAAGUUUCAGGGCUGCAAGGUGGAGGGAUGUUCACGUGGGGGAUGUGGUGCGGCUCAGGAAGGACCAGUUUAUUCCAGCCGACAUGUUGCUGCUGAACAGCUCCGAGCCACACAGCCUGUGCUACGUGGAGACAGCAGACAUAGAUGGGGAGACUAACCUGAAGUAUCGCCAGGCGCUGAGCGUCACCCAUGAAGAGCUCCACACAGAGGACAAGCUGGCAGCUUUCGACGGCCGGGUGCUGUGUGAGGAGCCCAAUAGCCAGCUGCACUCCUUCUCGGGGGCCCUGCACUGGAGGGGGGGGCAGCACCCUAUAGACAACGAGCGCAUCCUGCUGAGAGGCUUCCGCCUGAGAAACACGCACACCUGCUAUGGACUGGUCAUCUUCACAGGCCUGGACUCCAAGAUCCUGCGAAACUGCGGCCGCACCGUGGUGAAGAGAACCCGGAUCGAGCUGCUCAUGAACCACGUCGUUCUCAUGAUCCUCCUGUUUCUGCUUGUGACGUCUCUGCUACUGGCAGUGGGUGCUGGGGUGUGGGAGGCGCAGGUCUCGGGUUCGAUACAGGCAAUCGCUGCCUUGUCUGAGGGGUUCAGCCCAGCGUACUGGGGCUUCGUCACCUUCUGGGGGUACAUCAUCAUCCUGAGCCCAGCCAUGCCCAUGGCGCUCUACAUCACGUUUGAGGUGAUCCACGUGGUGCACAGCCGGUUCAUCAACUGGGACCUGCAGAUGCACUUCCCUGAGAAGGACACGUACGCCAAUGCGCGCAGCACCUCCCUGAAUGAGCAGCUGGGGCAGAUCGAGGUCAUCUUCUCAGACAAGACCGGCACUCUCACACAGAACAUCAUGACCUACAAGAAGUGCUGCGUGGCCGGCACAGUGUAUGGAGAUCUACCAGCUACUUCCAAAAAACUGAAGCCAGUAGACCUGCGCUGGAACAGAUACGCAGAUGGGAAGCUGCAGUUUCAUGACGAGCUCCUGCUGGAGAGGCUGAGGAGCCGAGAGGACCAGGGCCUCAGAGAGUUCUUCAGAGCGCUGUCUGUGUGUCACACCGUGAUGGUGGAGGAGAAAGACGGAGUCCUUCUUUACCAGGCCGCCUCUCCUGAUGAAGAAGCCCUGGUGACGGCUGCGCGGAACCUGGGGUUUGUGUUCCUGUCUCGAACCCAGGACUCGGUGACAGUCAGUGAGUUGGGGGUGGAGCGGCACUACCAUGUGCUGGCCAUGCUGGACUUCAGCAGUCAGAGACGCAGGAUGUCUGUGCUGGUGCGUGAGCCGGAGGGAGGGUUGAAGCUGUACUGUAAAGGCGCUGACAUUGUGAUCUUCGAGAGGCUGGCCCCCGACAGCCCCCACAGAGACGCUACAGAGAAAGCACUGGACGGCUUCGCUGAAGAGACACUGCGUACACUGUGCCUGGCCGGCCGGAGCGUGGAGGAGGGGUUCUACCGAGAGUGGAUCGGCGAGCAUCACCGUGCAAACAUGGCGACGCAGGGCCGUGAGCAAGAGCUGGCGGCAGCAUACGAACGCAUCGAGAACAACCUCACUCUGCUGGGAGCCACUGCGAUCGAGGACAGGCUGCAGGAGGGGGUCCCCGAAACCAUCCGCACCCUCAAGAGGGCCGGCAUCAAGAUCUGGGUGCUCACUGGGGACAAGAAAGAGACUGCGGUGAACAUCGGCUACUCAUGUAAACUGCUGAGCAGCGACAUGACGAUCCUGGAGGGCAAGGACCUCAGGACAUUGCUGGAGCCGGCGCAGGAGAACAACAGCAGUAACAGCAAUAACGCUCCCCGGCUCAGUAAAGAGACUGGCUGGACGAAUCAAGAGCUGCUGGAUCUGCACAAGCUGGGAGCUCAGAGGAAAGCCCUGGUCAUCACUGGACCAGAACUGGAGUUUAUCCUGCGGGCAAGUGACUCUGCAGGCGGUGCGCAUGGCCAGCAGGUGGAGCUGCAGAAGCGCUUUGUGGAGCUGGCCAGCAGCUGCCCGGCUGUGAUCUGCUGCCGGGUCACUCCGCUACAGAAAGCCCGCAUGGUGGAGCUGGUGAGGCAGUACCAGGGGGUCGUGACGCUGGCCAUCGGGGACGGAGCCAACGAUGUCAACAUGAUCAAGACGGCCCAUAUUGGAGUGGGUAUCAGUGGGCAGGAGGGUCUGCAGGCAGUGCAGUGCAGUGAUUACUCCAUCGCUCAGUUCAGAUUCCUGCAGCGCCUCCUGCUGGUGCACGGCCGCUGGUCCUACAUCCGCAUCUGCAAGUACCUGCGCUUCUUCCUGUUCAAAACCAUGAGCUUCACCUUCGUGCACAUAUGGUACUCCUUCUUCAACGGCUUCACUGCGCAGCGAGCGUUUGAGAACUGGUUCAUCACCUUUUACACGGUCCUGUACACUUCGUUCCCAGUGCUGACUAUGGGGCUGCUGGAGAGGGAUGUGAGUGACAGGGCCAGCCUGCAGUGUCCUGAGCUGUACCGGGUCGGGCAGUACCAGGAGCUCUUCGGGUACCGUGUGUUCGGUGUGACCAUGCUGCACGCCCUGCUCACCUCCCUCAUCCUGUUCUUCAUCCCCUUCGGAGCCUUUCUGCCCUCCUCGCACGACUACCAGACCUUCGCUGUCACCGUGGCGACCGCCGCUGUGUUCACCGUCACCGCUGAGAUAGCCCUGCAGAUCUGGACCUGGUCCCUCCCCAACGCUCUGGCUAUUCUGCUCAGCAUCGUCUUAUACUUCACUCUGACCUUCAUGCUGCACAGCUUCAAGCUACACCAAGCCUGGCCCAAAGACUUCCUGUUCCCAGGUGCCUCCCUGAACGCCCUGCGAGACCCCUACAUGUGGCUGAUUGUGCUGCUGACUGUAACGGUCUGCCUGCUGCCCUCCCUCACUGCCAGGGCCCUGGACACAGUACUGCGUCCUCCGGACCUGCACAGGGUGCACAGUUCGGAGGGCCAGGGAAUGUCAGUCAGCGCUGUGGAGCUGCGCACAGGUUUCCGGAGGGACCAGCCUCAGCGGCGCUCCUCUUACGCCUUCUCCCAGGAGCGUGGUUUUGGAGAGCGCAUUGCCUCAGGGACCAGUCUAGGCAAAGGCAAGGGGGCCAGGGGGGCUAGGAGGCAGGGGCUGGGGGAACAGCAGUGA